GGCAUAUUUAGUAUUACGAACAGCUUGACCGACUAGCAGUCAAGACACAAACUCGGUCUACGAUGAUUGCGAAUUGGAUGUGUUGGUUAGCUUUUGCUGCCAUCUUCUGCAGUUCAAAUGGAUUCCGAGAUGAGAUAAGCGUUCACCCAAAAAAUGAAAUGGAAAAUUUUCGGGAGAAAGGAAUUUGUAAAAAUUACUCUCACCGCUUUAGAGCUCACCCCAAGUACUGCCACGCCUAUUAUGACUGUACUUCCACUUCCGGUCCUCGCUAUAGGAGAUGGGAUAAGGGGUUCCGAGAAUGUGUGUAUCCGAAAUUGUUUAAUGCCAAAACCAGGAAGUGUGAAAUGUUUUUCUACGUAAAAUGCGGUACAAGAAAGGAAUAUAAAUCUGGAUGUGAUUACUUUGAAAACCAAUGCCUGAGGUUGCAAUGUAUUCCGUGCUAUGAGCGUUAUCCAAGUUGUAUAGGAUUAAAGGACGGUGUAUUCGAACACCCACAUAGGAAAGGCAGUCGCUGGUUGAUACAUUGCUUCAGGGAAAGAGUGAUGAACGUCUGGUAUGGACGGAAGUGAAGCUGAAAUUCUCCGUACAAUUGUAGACAAGUACAAUGAAUAAAAAUAAAGCACAUGCAAGUGUAAUCAUGUUAAA